CGGGCCUUCCCCCGCCGCCGCCCCUCACGGCGGCCUCGGGCCGCGCCCGGACGGCGGCCCAGGUUUUACCAAGAGACACCUAACCCUCGACUUGGAUCAUCCCCUGCUCGUCAGCGCCCAGGAGCGACGUUCGAUCCGAGGGGAAAGGCUGUGACAGAUGGACAAUAUGUCUAUUACCAACACGCCGACAAGCAACGACGCCUGUCUGAGCAUCGUGCACAGCCUGAUGUGCCACCGGCAGGGCGGGGAGAGCGAGACCUUCGCCAAGCGCGCCAUCGAGAGCCUGGUCAAGAAGCUGAAGGAGAAGAAGGAUGAGCUGGAUUCUCUGAUCACGGCUAUCACCACCAACGGGGCUCACCCCAGCAAGUGUGUCACCAUACAGAGAACGCUGGACGGGAGGCUCCAGGUGGCCGGCCGCAAGGGCUUCCCCCACGUCAUCUACGCCCGUCUCUGGCGCUGGCCCGACCUGCACAAGAACGAGCUGAAGCACGUCAAGUACUGCCAGUACGCCUUCGACCUGAAAUGCGACAGUGUCUGCGUCAACCCUUACCACUACGAGCGCGUGGUGUCGCCCGGCAUCGAUCUCUCGGGGCUGACGCUGCAGAGUUCAGCUCCCUCCAGCAUGCUGGUGAAGGACGAGUACGUGCACGACUACGAGGGGCAGCCGUCGCUGUCGUCGGCCGAGGGCCACUCGGUGCAGACCAUCCAGCACCCGCCCAGCAACCGGGCGUCCUCGGAGCCCUACAGCGCCCCGGCCAUGCUGGCCCCCGCCGAGGCCAGCACCACCAGCACCACCAACUUCCCCAACAUUCCCGUGGCCUCCACAAGUCAACCUCCCAGUAUAUUGACAGGUAGCCAUAGUGAUGGACUCUUACAGAUUGCUUCAGGGCCGGGAGCUCAGCAGAAUGGGUUCACAGCCCAGCCAGCCACUUACCACCACAACAGUACCACCAGCUGGACCGGGAGCCGCACGGCCGCCUACACCCCGACCAUCCCGCACCACCAGAACGGACACCUGCAGCACCACCCGCCCAUGCACCCCGGGCACUACUGGCCAGUCCACAACGAGCUCGCAUUCCAGCCUCCUAUAUCCAACCAUCCCGCUCCAGAGUACUGGUGUUCCAUCGCCUACUUUGAGAUGGACGUGCAGGUCGGGGAGACGUUCAAGGUCCCCUCCAGCUGUCCCAUUGUCACCGUGGAUGGCUACGUGGACCCCUCGGGAGGGGACCGCUUCUGCCUGGGCCAGCUGUCCAACGUGCACCGGACAGAGGCCAUCGAGAGAGCGAGGCUGCACAUCGGCAAGGGCGUGCAGCUGGAGUGCAAGGGCGAGGGCGACGUCUGGGUGCGCUGCCUGAGCGACCACGCCGUCUUCGUCCAGAGCUACUACCUGGACAGGGAGGCGGGCCGCGCCCCCGGGGACGCCGUGCACAAGAUCUACCCCAGCGCCUACAUCAAGGUGUUCGACCUGCGGCAGUGCCACCGGCAGAUGCAGCAGCAGGCGGCCACCGCGCAGGCCGCCGCCGCAGCCCAGGCCGCCGCCGUGGCCGGCAACAUCCCCGGGCCGGGCUCCGUCGGGGGCAUCGCGCCGGCCAUCAGUCUGUCGGCCGCGGCCGGCAUCGGCGUGGACGACCUGCGCCGGCUGUGCAUCCUGCGGAUGAGCUUCGUGAAGGGCUGGGGGCCCGACUACCCCCGGCAGAGCAUCAAGGAGACGCCGUGCUGGAUCGAGAUCCACCUGCACCGCGCGCUGCAGCUGCUGGACGAGGUGCUGCACACCAUGCCCAUCGCCGACCCGCAGCCCCUGGACUGACCCCGCCGCCGCCCCGGGGAGGCUGCCGUGUAAAAUACCCUUCUGUUCAUAACCUCCAGAUAUAUUUUACUUCCCUUCUGCUUAACCUUCUGAAAACAGGUUUUAAAAAUGUGUUUGCCGCCUUGCUCUCAGCAGGAAGAGUGGGAACGCGCGGGGUUGGGGUUGUUGGGGUUGUUUCCAGAAGGCGGUGGCCGUGACACGGGGCCUGGGGCGGAGGGUGAAGGCUUUACAGAGACUCGGGGUUGUUCCCUUCGGAACUCUCCUUCCCUGUCACGGCGCCUCACUGACCAGCCUCACGGGAGCCUUUUGUAUGCAGAAUAUAUAUUAUAUAUAUAUUUAUAUCUGAAAAUCCCUCCUAGUAGUUAAAAACAUUUACCUUGUAGCGACUUUAAAAUUCCAGCUGAUUUGUGAUAUUCUGUUUAGGGAACAGUAGUUAACAGGAGAAUUCUUUAUUUUGUUGAUGAUCACCUUAUGAUUUUUCCAGGUUAAAGCCUAGCAGCUGCCAAAAAGCGAGGGGAUGACACAUACGUUGUUGGCAUUGGUCACAAACUUCGUUAGUUUUUAAAGCAAAAAAAAAAAAAAAAAAAAAAAA